AUGGACUCUGACCAUCUCAACAGUCUCAUGAUAAUAGACGAAAAGGACUCGUUCUGGGCUCUCUUAGGAGACCCACUUCUCCAUGUCCCACCACUACAAAGGUGGAGUGAGACGGACGCUCUGGUGCCAUUUCCUGAGAGCCUGGACCAAAUCGACGACCUUCAUGGUUCGGAACCAUUGUCGGAUAAAUCAGCUGCUCUGGUUCCAUAUAAAUGCCAUUCUCCACCUCCUCUCAAUGAAUUGGCCAUGGACGACAUCAACCUUGAUUCUUUUACGGGGGACACCAACUUGACACCCUACUGCGGAGAUGUUAUCAGUGAUAUCGCACCACUGAACGUACUCACCAGUUCCCAUGAUGUUUACAAUGGCAAAACUAAUUACAACUUUCCAUUUGAAGUUUCCAAAGUAGAUCAGGUUGAAGAGAGAAGCAUUGAGAGGAGAACGAAUGGGAGGCCGAGGUCGGCUGAUAUCGGCUUCGACGAGAUUAAGAACUAUUUCUGCAUGCCAAUAAGCCGAGCAGCGAAGGAGAUGAACGUGGGGGUGACGGUCCUGAAGAAGAGAUGCAGGGAGCUCGGCAUCCCUAGGUGGCCUCACAGGAAGAUGAAAAGCCUGAUGACUCUCAUGCAUAACGUUGAGGAGUUGGGAAACGGUGCAAGUGAGGAGAGCAUGAGGAGGGAGCUGGAGAGGUUGGAGGAGCACAGGAGGCUGAUGGAAGAGAAUCCAGAGAUCGAAUUGUCGGAAAGAAUAAAGAAACUAAGGCAAGCUUGCUUCAAGGCUAAUUACAAGAGGCAGAAGGCUUUGCGAAAACCCUGCUUCGACCUCUGUAACAUAUAUUAUUCUUAA